AUGGAUCCAAAGAGAAUUCAAAAAGGAACGGAAAAAACACUCUCUAGUAUUGGAAAAAUUGGGGGAGAAUUUAAAGUAGAGAAGAAACCAGAAUUCAUAAACAGGCGUCUUUCACUAUUCAAAACCUUACAUGAAAAGCAGAUUGCAUUACUCCAAGAAAAGGCCUCAAAAAACGAGCCAAUUAAAAUCACUUUGCAAAAUGGAGACCAGAGAGAUGGGAUCAAGUUCCAAACAUCUCCUAUGGAAAUUGCGAGGCAAAUUUCAAAGAAAUUAGCAGAAAAUUGUAUUGUGGCAAAAAUCAGAUAUAGUAAAUCAUCAUACAUUGAAGAUGAUGAAGUUCGUGGUAUUGAAGAUGACGAAGCAUGUUGCCAAUUACAUGAAGAUGAAGAUCAAGCCAAUGGGUGGAGACUUUGGGAUGCAACCAGACCAUUAGAAGGAGAUUGUGAAUUGGAGAUCUUAACAUUUGAUUCUAUUGAGGGUAGCGGUGUUUUCUGGCAUUCCUCAUCCCAUAUUCUUGGUCAAUGUUUAGAAAAUGAAUAUGGAGCACAAGUUACUAUUGGACCAGCUUUAAACCCAGGAUUUUAUUAUGAUUCAUAUAUGGGAACCCAUAGUGUUAGUAAUACUGAGUAUUCUGAUAUAGAAAAUUGUGCCAAAACUAUUAUUUCUGAAAAACAGCCAUUUGAAAGAUUACAAUGUAAUAAAGAAGAAGCACUCGAACUUUUUAAAGAUAAUCCAUUUAAAGUUUCAUUGAUCAUGUCAAAAAUUCCUGAUGGGUCCCAAACGACAAUAUAUAGAUGUGGGUCAUUCGUAGACUUAUGUACAGGCCCUCACAUUCCUCACACAGGAAUUGUUAAGGCUUUUAAAGUUACAAAAAACUCUGGUUGUAACUGGCUUGGUGAUACUGGAAAUGACGCAUUACAAAGAGUUUAUGGUGUAUCUUUCCCAGACAAGAAACGCUUAGAUGAGUACUUGCAUAUGCUGGAAGAAGCCAAAAAGCGUGAUCACAGAUUACUAGGAUUAAACUUACAAUUAUUCUUUUUUGACACAAAUGUAUCACCAGGAUCGUGUUUCUGGCUCCCAGCAGGAGCAAGGUUUUACAAUAAAUUAAUCGAAUUUAUUAGAAGUGAAUAUAGAAUUCGUGAUUUUACUGAAGUUAUUACUCCAAACAUUUUUAGUUGUGAUCUUUGGAAGACUUCAGGGCACUACUUUGCUUACAAAGAAAAUAUGUUCAUUUUUGAUGUAGAAGAAAAGGAAUGGGGUCUGAAGCCAAUGAAUUGUCCAGGCCAUUGUAUUAUGUUCAAGCAUCUAAAUCCAUCAUAUAGACAACUGCCCAUUAGACUAUCUGAUUUUGGGGUUCUUCAUAGAAAUGAGUUUUCAGGUGCUUUAAAUGGUUUAACUAGAGUUAGAAGAUUCCAACAAGAUGAUGCACAUAUUUUCUGUACUUCAGAACAAAUACAAGAGGAAGUAUUUAAAGCUCUGGAUUUCUUGUUCUUUAUAUAUGGUCAAUUAGGAUUCACAUUUGACCUUUUCCUUAGUACAAUGCCAAAAGAACACUUGGGGACUGAAGAACAAUGGAGAGAGGCAGAAAAUGCCUUAAAGUCUGCUUUGGAAAAAACUGGGAAAAAAUGGAAACUAAACCCCGGAGAUGGAGCAUUCUAUGGUCCAAAAAUUGAUAUUAUGCUUUGGGAUGCUUUGAAAAGACAACAUCAAUGCGGAACUAUCCAACUUGACUUCCAGCUCCCAAUUAGAUUCAAUCUUCAAUACAGAACUGACGAAAAUAUCUCAGAAGAAUCCUCCAAUCAGGAAUUGUCCCACCAAAAUGCUGAUCAGAAUGCCCAGAACUCCCUCAAACAAGGUUAUAAAAGACCAGUAAUUAUUCACAGAGCAAUUCUUGGUAGCGUAGAAAGAAUGUCUGCUGUUAUUCUUGAGCAUACUGGAGGGAAAUUACCUUUCUGGCUUUCUCCGAGACAAGCCAUCGUUCUUUCGAUUUCAGAAAAAACUGUUGAAUAUGCCAAAACUGUUGAAAAAGAACUUAACAGACGAGGUUUUGACGUUUCUGGAGACUAUAGUGCUUCCACCAUCAAUAAAAAAAUUAGAGAAUCUCAACUUUUACAGUGGAACUACAUGCUUGUUAUUGGUGAGAAUGAGGCUAGAGACAAAAAAGUUACUCUCCGUUGUAGGGAUGUCAGUGUUCCUCAAGAAGUUCUUACUUUGGAUGAAGUUAUUCUUAAAUUCUCUUCUAUGGGAUUCCCAUCAAGUAUUGAUUCAAACCUUUCUGGUUAA